UCUGUGACGUCACGUCGUCAUCUUGUGGACGCCGCCACUUCAUACUUCAUAGCCACUCUUACCGACGGUUGAAAGUACAGUCUUUAAAUAUAUUUUAAUGUAAAAGGGUGUGGUGUUUGAACGUGUUUAAUGUGGGUAAAUUGGUCAGUUGGUUAUGUAGCUAACGAUUGCACCACAGCGAGCUAGCUCGCUAGCUAGCUAGGUCCGCGUGAGCAUUAACAUUGUUAGCAUCGAGGCCCCGGCUGAAUGUGAGCACAAAGGCUGCGCCCUCAGCCUCGCAUCGGAAAAAUGUACCCUUCCUGGGGAAAUUUUGGUGCACCUCCGUCGCAAAACUACGGAGGGUCUGGCCCACGCAACAUGUCGGGUGGAGGACUCGCCGGUCCCCAAGCGCGAUUCGGCGGCUUACAGGCCUCGCCGAGCGGCACUCUCUUUUCGAGCCUGCAAGAGCAGCAUCUCCAGCAGAUGCAGCAGCUCCAGAUGCUCCACCAGAAACAGCUCCAGACGGUGCUGCAUCACGGCAGCACGGCUCCACCGUACGGCGGAGGACACCAGGGUGGGUAUUCGGGGUCGUCGUGGCAGUCAACAGAACCGGUCAAUUUGGACAGCGGUAUGGGGACGCACUCUCUCAUAAAAGGAGGGGACACGUUAUCGACACAACCGGACCCGUCGAAGCAGCCGCCGCCGACACAGACGCACGCCGCUGAAGCUCAGCCAGCUCCCCCUCCACCAGAGCCCCAGUCAUCGAAAGUUACGGAACCCAACGCUGCUACCGAUGGGAAAACACAGGAUGCAUUCAAUAAAGACGACAAAACUUUGCCUUUACAGAAUCAACAGCAACUUUGGUACCAGCAACAUCUGCAGAACCUGCACAAGUUGAGGCAAGAGAAACGGAACCAAAAAGAUGGUAACUUUGCUAUGCCGCAGCCGGCGCCACCCAAUGGGCAAGCCGUGCAGCCACCGCCUCCAUCCGAAACACCCACAGGUGCGCCGCUUCCACCCCUUCCGAAGGAGGAGCCCCCAGCACCGCCCCCACCACCGGAGCCGGACUCAAAGCAAGAUGUUGAGGAGACUGCCCGUCUCCAACAGUUACAGGCUGCAGCGGCUCAGUGGCAGCAGGUUCAGCAGCAAAGAGUAGGCUUACAUUACCAGGCUCUUAUGCAACAGCAUGAGAAGCUCCAACAGAUACUGGAGAAGUAUCAGCCGCUCAUUCAGCAACCUCCAAACUUACAGACAAUGUCACCUGAAAUGCAGCUGAGGCAUUAUGAAACGCAAAAGCAGCAGUUCACUCCUCUAUACCAAGACUGGGAGGUUUCCUUCAGGAUGUGGUUCGAGCAGUUCCAAACGUAUCCUCACAAAGACCAACUGCAUGACUAUGAGCACCAGUGGAAACAAUGGCAGGAUCAGAUGAAUGCCACUAAUGCCCACCUUCUUGAGCGGAUCACUACUCUGACUACAAUGGUGCCAUACGCUGCAAACCAGUAUAAUAAUGUAGUUAUUGGACAAUAUGGAGCGUACACGGGACAGGACAUGCAAAUGCAGCCACAACAAGUAAAUCCGGGUAUGCAGUUCAAUGCAGUUACUGCCGGUCCUGCACUCCAAGGUCAGCCGCCCACUCCAGCUGCCGCCCCCCUCCACACAGGAGGUCCCCCUGCUGGGGUUGGACUCUCAGGUCAUCCCAGUGUUCCGUCACCAAACUUUAACAACAUUGGGGGUCCACGUGGAAACAACCCAGGAUUCCACCAGCCACAUAUGCCAUUUGAUGGACCUCCAAGGUUUGAUCAACAAACACAACGUUUUGACCGCCCCCAUCCUUUGCCUCAACCUCAACAACGCUGUGACGCUCCACCUCAAUUUGAUCAGCACCCACAGCGCUUUGAUGGUCCUCCUCGCUUUGAUCAACCACAUCAACGCUUCGAUGGUCCCCCCCGCUUUAACCAACCAGGGUCGCGCUUUGAAGCCCCUCCCAGAUUUGACCAACCCAUUCAACAUUUUGAUGGUCCCCCAAGAUUUGACCAGCAACCAAGAGCUAAUCCACCUCGAUUUGGAAGGUCAUCCAGAUUUGAUCAGCCCCCAAAACAGACAGGCCCACCAGUGCCCUCAAAAAAACAGCAAGAAACCCCACCUCAAGUGGAACAAACUCUUAAACCACCUCCCAGUGUGGAUUCUUCAUUAAAAUCUGUCAAGCUGCCACAGUCGGAUCAACAAAACAGCAAAUCUGAAUUUAGUACCACCGAUAAAGACAUGAUGGAUGACAUGGUUGAAGGUGAAAAUUUUUUUAUCCCAAGUGACCCUAUACCGCAAACCAAAAUGCAAGAGGAAACCAAUGAUAGUUCUAAUAUUCCUGACAGUAGCCCCAAGCCCAAGCCUUUAGACAGUAAGCCAGCCCAACUUGCGUCUACUACCCUGGAAUCAAAACAAACUAAUGCACCAAAUGUUCCCAAACCAGAAGGACUGCUCACAAAUAACAACCCUCCAGUAGUACCAGAGAAAAAAACGGAGAAACAGCUGUCCAAAACUGAUCCUGUACGGCCUCCCCCGGGUACAGGACACUGUCAACCCCUAUUACUCGUGCAAGGGAGGGGACGAGGUCAGCCUCCGGUCCCUAUGCAAGGUACAGGGCGAGGUCAGCCCCCGGUCCCUGUGCAGGGUACAGGGCGAGGUCAGCCCCCGGUCCCUGUGCAGGGUACAGGCCGAGGUCAGCCCCCGGUCCCUGUGCAGGGUACAGGGCGAGGUCAGCCCCCGGUCCCUGUGCAGGGUACAGGACGAGGUCAGCACCCCAGCCCUGUGCAAGGUAGAGGACGGGGUAAAGAGCAGAGGGGGCAUGGAGACUUCAGGGGACAAAACUUUGUACCACCUGAGGGACAGAUUGACGAAAUGUUGCAUGAUUUUAUGCCACCCGAGGAAGAAGAAUUUAUGCAGGAGCAAGAGGAAGACUUCCAAUGGCAGGAUCCUUCAGUUGAGGAGUUUGGUGGUGAGACGUUCGAGGCACCCGAUGAAGAAAUGUGGAUCCCUGAGGAUCAUCACUUCCAAACAGAAGAGAAAUAUUAUGAGGGACCAUUGCAAGGACCUCCUUUGGGGAGAGGGGGGUUCCCGAUGAUGAGAGGACGUCCCCCUAUAGCUAGAGGAGGUGGCCCCAUGGGUCGAGGAGUUCCACCUUUGGGGAGAGGAGGACCAUUUAUUGGCAGAGGGGGUCCGCCAAUGGGCAGAGGAGGGCCACCAAUGGGCAGAGGAGGGCCACCAAUGGGCAGAGGAGGGCCACCAAUGGGCAGAGGAGGGCCACCAAUGGGCAGAGGAGGGCCACCAAUGGGUAGAGGAGGGCCGCCUAUGGUUAGGGGCGGCCCACCCAUGGGACGAGGAGGGCCACCCAUGGGACGAGGAGGGCCACCUAUGGGGAGAGGAGGUCCGCCCAUGGGAGGAGGGGAACCAAUGGAUGAUCAAUGGGAAGAAACGGAGACAGAAGAGUACUACAAUGAAGAAGAUGCUUACUGGGGAGAGGGUAGGCCUCCAAUGAGAGGAAUGAGACCACCAUUUCCAUCUGGCCAUCGUCGUCCACCACGCGGCUGUCCUGGUUUCAUGCAUCAGGGGCGAGGACCACCGCCUCAUCUAGCACACGGACCAAUAGAUGAGGAGUCAUUCGGCCAUGAGACUGGUGAUAUGGAAAUGGUUCCAUCAGAGCAUUACAUGUAUGGUGGGCAUGACCCGCAUAACUUGCCAAUGCACCCAGCUAGAGGACGAGGCAGACGGCCUCCCCCACCCCAUGAAGCAAUGGGUCCUGACGGGGAGCCAUUUUAUCAUGAAGAAAUGGAGAAUGAACAGGAUUGGCUGCCACCCCAUGGGAGACGUCCUCCAAUGCCCCAUGAGAUCAUGGAAAGGGGCGGAAUGGGAAGAAGACCGAUGGGACGUGGAAUGGCAAGAGGUAUGAUGCGGCCAGGUUCAUCCCAUGAACACGAAGAGGUAUACAGUGAGGUUAACGUUGAAAACUAUGUUCAUGGAGAAGAUCGCUGGCGGUCACUGCAUCCUGAUGACCCCCGACACGAGGCCAGAUUCUAUGACUCUGAAUGGGAUACAGAGCGCCCUCCACCGGAACGGGACUUUUCACCCCGCUUGCCGCCCUUAGAGCACUUCAGGGAAGACCGCUGGCUUGAUGACAGAGAAAGAGUUCACCCAUACCCAUAUGAUGACGAGUACGACCGAAGAAGAGGAGAAAUCAGAAUCCGAGAGUAUCCGGAUGAGCCACCAUCCCGACCGGAAGACCCAUCGCAGCGUCCUCCAGAAUGGGAUCGACCUUCAAGACACCCACCGUCAGAAAGAUUGUAUCCAUCUUAUGGGGAUCACAGGGAUGAACCCCGUUUGGACAGGCCACCACUCUCUGAACCUGCUGAAAACUUGCCAGAGAGCUCAAUUGACUUAGCGGCACAAGGAGCAGGCGGAGGGAACGUACUUGCUCUUUCCCAACGUCAACAUGAAAUCAUCUUGAAAGCGGCCCAGGAACUUAAACGCAUCAGGGAAAUACAGGAGGGCAAGCCUGUUGAAACUGAAUCUCAGCCUGCACCAGCUGACAUAUUACCUGACCUCCCCGCUGGGCUCCUUGGUUUGGAGAUCCCACCAGAAGUCAGAAAUGCUCUCAAGGGCAUGACUACAGCUGCUCAGACAGCUCCAUCUUGGGAUACUAAUCCUGCUGCACUUGCGCCUGCAGUAAUUCCAAAGACUGUGGAUUACGGGCAUGGACAUGAUACUGGUCUCACUGUUGAGCGGAUUGCUUACGGCGAGAGAGUUGUGUUGAGGCCUGACCCAGACAGGGGCUAUGAAAAAGAACCUCUUCGAGAUCCUUACAGCAGGGAUCCAUACUAUGACAGACGCUCAGACCCUUAUAUGGAUCGCCGUGAGUACUCCCGAGAAAGAGAGCUCUACAGAGAAAAACCUCCACCUGAAUACGAAAGAGAGAGAUUUGGGAGGGAACGUUAUCUGCCAAGAAACAGAGAUGAAAGCACACUAUCGAUGGUUGAGGAAAGAGCUCCAUUGGCACCCCCUCAUCAUUCAGGAUACAGGGAAAGAGACCGUGACCUUAGAGAGAGGGAUCGAAGUGGCAGCCGUGAUCGAGAGGACCUUUAUGGACGGCCCGGUUAUGAUAGACCUCUCUAUGAGCGCACGGCCCUCGACUGUGGUGGGUCUGAACGCUAUGGCCACGGCUCUUCACCUUUUGUAGACAGAAGAAGUUACCCAGAAGACCGAGGGCCCCCUGCCGCACCACUUGCACCACCACCACAGCCACCGCCACAAGUCGAGAAGAAGCCUGAAAUCAAGAACGUGGAUGAUAUCCUCAAACCACCAGGAAGGCAGUCCAGACCUGAGAGGAUUGUCGUCAUCAUGAGAGGGCUUCCUGGCAGUGGAAAAAGCCAUGUCGCAAAGCUAAUACGGGACAAGGAGGUAGACUGCGGCGGCGCCCCACCCAGAGUUCUGGUUUUAGACGACUAUUUCAUGAGCGAGGUUGAGAAAGUCGAGAAAGACCCAGACACAGGGAGGAGGGUCAAAAGAAAGGUACUCGAGUACGAGUAUGAGCCAGAAAUGGAGGAUACGUACCGGAGCAGCAUGCUUAAGACCUUCAAGAAAACUCUGGAUGAUGGCUUUUUCCCUUUCAUCAUAUUAGACACCAUUAAUGACCGAGUUAAACAUUUUGAUCAGUUCUGGAGUGCUGCCAAAACAAAAGGUUUUGAAGUCUAUAUUGCUGAAAUAACUGCUGACACCCACACAUGCUCAAAGAGAAAUGCCCACGGACGCUCGCAUAAGGACAUAACGAAGAUGUCCAACAACUGGGAGUCCACGCCUCGUCACAUGGUCCGCUUGGAUGUCCGAUCCCUGCUACAGGACGCUGCUAUAGAGGAGGUGGAAAUGGAAGACUUUAAUCCUGAGGAUGAGCCCAAAGAAGCCAAGAGAGAAGAGGAAGAAGAGGGUGACCUGGGCUACAUUCCAAAAAGCAAAUGGGAGAUGGACACAUCGGAAGCAAAACUCGACAAGCUGGAUGGUCUGGGGAGCGGCGGGAAGAGGAAACGUGAAGGCGAGCACAUGGCAGGCAUGGAGGACUAUCUUCAGCUGCCAGAUGACUAUGCCACCCGCAUGUCUCAGCCAGGAAAGAAAAGGGUGCGAUGGGCUGACCUGGAAGAGCAAAAGGACGCUGAUCGAAAGCGUGCCAUCGGCUUUGUGGUGGGCCAAACGGACUGGGAGAAAAUUACAGAUGACAGCGGCCUGCUCGCACAAAAAGCACUCAACCGUACAAAAUAUUUCUAAGAAGAAGAUCAUCUUAACCCCUUGUUUUUGUGUUUUGUUUCAAGGUGUCCAGAAUGUGAAAAACAAGACUCGGUCAGUCAAGUCUUUAUUUUCCUUAAUGAGGAUAGCAAAUAAUUUUAAGUCUCCUUCUGGUCAUGUAUUCAUUUUUUAAUGUUUUAUACAUUCACCUGUACUGUUGUUUCUUGAAGCAUAUAGACUGUAAGAAAACAAUAAAAUUUCACACACUUCCAAUAAAUGUGGGGAGUUCUUUGGCUUGACUUGUACCAUAAUGUGUUGACUGUGACGUAGUUCUUCACUGUAUCACAAAUAUUGCAUUGAAUGCGAAUUUUCACUUAGAGCAUGGGUUUCAAACUCGUUUUCAUGCCCUCAGAGAACCGCAGUCUAUGAAUAUAAGUAGGAAUAUAACCUCAUGAUGUUAACACUAUUGUCCUUGCGUUUUUAUUUUUGUACAAUUCCUCUGCCAAAAUGGAAGAGGAAAUAUAUUUAGAAGGAAUAAGGUAAUGUGGCGGGCCAAAUCUGGCCCCAGGGCCUUGAGUUUGACACAUGUGACUUAGAGGUUUAUUGUGGCGUUUCCCCACUACACAUCUGGUUACCAUUUUCUUGAUGACUUGAAAUGGUAUUGUCCUGUUAUGUGAUAGAUCUGAUGACGGCAUGCCAAAUCACACUGAUGGUCAAGGGGUGGAAAAAAAAAUCAUGAAAGUCUUAGCUUUGGAUGAACUAGAGUUUUUAAGAACCAGCAGUAAACAGAAAAAGUAGCAGCAAAAAAAAUCCCCCAAAUGCUGUUUGUAAUCCAGGUAAAAAAACAAAACAAAUUAUGCUUUUGGCUAGCGAGCCAGGAGUGGCAAAAAUAUGUAGCAUGUAUAUUAUAUAUACACAUAUACUGUAUGAUACUGUAAGCACUGUGUGAAAUGAGUUGGACUAGUGAUAAUUAGAUUUGUGGUACGGCUCUGGCAGUGAGUAAGGGACAGAGACACGGGGUUUUUUUGCUUGGUGACAUAGACAGUAUUAACAGUGAUUUCAUACAAUAUUUAACACGUAUACAAGAAAAAAGAUGAAUGGCCAUUCCAAAAAAUUGGGAAAAAAAUCAUAUGUACACAUUAAUAGUGUGUGUGUAUUUGUUCUUGAGCAAUAAUGUAAUAGGUGUAUGUAAAUGUUAGCCUGCUGUUGCAAGGCCAGAAGGAAAAACGGCUGCAAUCAGCGAGCCUCCUACCGAGCAGGUGAGGUGAAGGGGAAGGUUGGGUUGUGUUGAGAUCACUGUUGGUUUCUGGCUUUUUGCCUUCUUUCCUUUCACACUUAGCUUAGCUCGCCAUAUUUAUUUAAAAAAAAAAAAAAAAAAAAAAAAAAAACCCUGGCCAAUUGCUAAUAAAACCUGCCUUCUGUCAAUGGCUACUGCAGCAAACUUUUCCCUUGCAUGUCUCUUGAGUUGAUGCCCACUAGACCGACACUACCGGAAUAUAUAAGACUAUGAUUGGCCGGCCCAGUCAUGUGAUUUGGUGACAUGAUUAACGUGAUGUCGUCGUCAUUGAGCAGACCAAAAAUACAACUGGAUGGGUGAAAAUGGAUGAGAGGGAGGAAAUACGUUUUUUUUUUUUGUUGUUUUUUUUACCCGGGUUACAAAUGCUGUGUAUGUGUGCCGGUAAUAGUCUUGACUGUGUCAAAUCCCAUGGACAUUUUUCAUUCCAUUUUGCUGAAUUUAUGUGUGUUUGGUUUUGGGAAUUCAAUCCCUUGGCCCAAUCUUGACUACGGAAAUGCAAAAUUGUCGAAGGACCAUCUGCAUCUCAAACUUGUGAAGCCCAAAGCAUGUGAUGCUGCUCACUUGAAUAUAGUGUGUUGUAGGUCAAGUGUUUCUCAUAGGCUACAUUCACACUGCAGGCUAUGAUGCCCAAUUAGUUUUUUUUGUUGUUGUUGUUAAAAUCUGAUUUUAUGUGGUCACAUUACAAAAAAAAAGUGAUGUGUUAAUGUGUACGUGCAAAGCAUCCGGGAAGUGAUGCAAAGCAGGACAUCACAUGUUUCUGCUGUGUGUUUACAGAAGUAAAUACUGCCUCAGUUUGUGCUCUUCUCGGCACGUUUGUGGCAGUUUCACGGAUUUGUACAAUGGGAGUCAACAUUUUCUUAACUAAAUGAUUAAGAAGAAACUUUUCGCUAACGCGGUCUGUAGAUAACUUGUUCCAACAUCUGUUCCGAGUAGCGUGUGGGUGGAUGUCAGAGCCAGGGGUGUUGGGAUAUUGACGUGAGCCGCUUCGCUAACACUUUUUGGAAAUAAUUUUCGGAUGACACGCAUAACUUCUCCCUACAUCGUGAGUGCUUUCAUCCAGCACGGAAAUACACGGCUUUUGAUGAUGUAUAGGUCGUAUUUAUGCGACUUCACUGUUCAGGCUGCAGUAGCUCAACUACGUACGUAUCGGAUUUAUAUCUACAUACGAAUGAGGCUUGAGUCACAUUUGGAAAAAAUAGGAAUUGUUCUGUCCACACUGGCAUGAAAAAAAAUCAGAUACAGGUCUCAUAUGAACAAAUAAAAUCGGAAUUGACCUGCAGUGUGGACGUAGCCAAAGUGUGGUCCACUGGAGGCCCCCCAAGUGGUUUGCAAGUGACCUGUUGAACUUGUGACAUCACAGUCUGCAAUCCUGUGUGAAGAUGUUUUACCUUUUAUUCCAAAAGGCUUCUUUAGUUCUCAAAUCUAAGUGUGAGAAGAAUGAGACAAUCUUUGGGGAAAAGAUGGGUGGCAAACCUCCUUCUCUGUUUAGAGCUUGUGGCUUUUUUUCCAUACACCUUUCAAACCCGCAGUCCUCCUUAUGCAGAAUUUGGACAUUGUUGUGAGCAAAGGAGUCAUUUCUUUUUGAGAUGCACAUGAAGUACUGACUCGGGUUCCGAAGAAACUGCUCUCCAAUGUUGUGCCAUGUGUUGGUAGAAUCUUCUGAAAGGCCCGCUCUAAACAGAGGAGGAUGAGGUUUGCGCCACCACCAAUGAAUGGUCUGCUUAUAACGGUGUCCCCCAAAGAGUGUCUCAUGCCACAGAAAGAGUGGCCACUAACAAGCUAGAGACAGGCGAACGACCUAUUGUUAAGCAGGGCAGUCAUUCACCAGCCCUGCCCAGCAACCACCACCACCACUCUUAUGACCAGGGGACACACCCACCACAGACUUCAAUAGGCAAACUCCACAUUUAAAAUUUUGAACGAAAGAAGCCCUUUGUAUUAAAAGUGAAAAACGGGUUUAAUAAAUUAAAUAAAUCCAAUUACCUCGAUUCAACCUUUGUGGAUUACCAUAACCUGGGUGACAGUCUACAAAGACAUGACAUUUUGUGACAUCACGUAAAACCUUGAAGUGAUGUCGAGAUAAUGUAAAAAAGGGUAUAGUCACAUUAAAAAAUGCAGUAUACCUGCCCUUUACAAAGUACAUGCACUGUCCAAAUAGCUGGCAACACAAGUGAGUAGCAGGAUACUGGUGUCUUGGUCGUUUUUCGACUUGCUGAACUGUUCGAGUCCACUGUAUACUGUAAGUUUAAGAAACACUGUCCUAAUGCACAUCCGUCCUCAUUAAGCUUGAAGAUUUUAAGUUUUACUUUGGAAUCAUUUUCACCAAUCAAGGAAACAUUUUCGUCUUGAAAACCUGAAGAACUUCCUGGAAUUUUCAUCAUCAUUGUCAAUAUUUUAUUGGAAUCUCAAACUGAACACACGUUUCAUCUGUCGACGCGAAAGACUCCCAAGACUGAAAACUGCAGAACAAACUCUUGCUGUGGGAGGUCAUGGUGAGUAGAUGGAGAACAGUACAGAAUUAUUUCAACUUGUAAUGGGUGGGGUUGUAUUUAACUAGGGGUGUCACGAGACGAGACCAUGCACAAGAUAGGGUCCACGAGACGAGGUUGUAUCAUUAAUUUUAAGAAAAGUACAAUGAAAUGACUGAACAAAUUUUUGUAUUAACCGAGUCACAAAACAAUGCAGGCGCGUUUUGAAAGCUUUUUUACAAAUUGAUGCUAAACAUUAUUGUCAACAUGUUUUGAGACCAAAUAAACCACUGUUAUAAUAUACAAUAAACGUAUCAUAUUGCAAUAUUUCCUUUUUCAUUAGUCAUCUUUCACUCUGUAAAGUUGUGGACUUGGUGUUUGUGACAUGUAUUUUCUCGCAGGCCAUCUGUACUGCCUGUCAAAUGUUUGCAGCAUUUCUACUUGUAGAAAUGCUGGCUUUGAAACUGUAAAGAGCAGCAUUUCUUUUGUAAUGUGGCAAAAUACACUUUGUGUGAAUGCACACAAUUUUGAAGCUGUUCUGUUUGUAUGUACUUUGCCGUUCAAACAUCUCAGUGAGUCUUGACUGUCGGGAUGAAGGAGUGUAGUUUUUUCCCAGAUUGGAAAACUGGGUCGUUUGUUUCGAUGGUCUCAACUUGAUUGCUAUUGAUAUACCCCAACGGGGGGCUGUUGCAUUUGGCUUUGCAAGCAUCUGUUCCCUCCUGUUGCUCCUCACGAAGCUCCAGUCUUAUGCUGUGUGUAUGUUAGCGGCCCCACCUCCAGACUCCCUCGGAGACGGAGACUGUAAGACUGACAAGGUGUGACUGACUCUGCUUGCUGCUGUUCUAUGAAGUUUGUAGGCGCUGACCCAAUGCACAGAGUGAAUCCUCUUCCUGCCUGUUAAGAGGCACAAAACAUGGAAAACAGGCAUGCAUGCACAUGGCAAUUAAUGGAGGCCGGCAAAAUGAUCCAGUUUAAUUUACCAUGUAAAUUAAUUUAUCACAAGACAGUUUUUUUCUGAACGAGAACUCUUCUGACAUAAUUUUCUUAUUUUGCAACAUUUCCAAGAUAACCUAUCAAUUGCAUUCACACGCAGACAGGUUUUAAAGAAACACAACAGGGUCACCACUUGGCGUGCACAUUUUGAGAACCCUACUUUGCCUAUAAAGACAAUGCACCCUUCUGCUAAGGAUGUUCUUCUGUUUGCAUUGAUCGUCAGAUUAAUUUCUACUAAGUAAGCAUGAGCACAGACAAGUGUAACCAUUGUUGCUGGUCAAGCGUGUACCCAGAACAGAUAAACCAAACAAAACUGGGGGGGAAAUGUCAAUUGCCAAUAAAUAUUCAACAAUAAUUGACUCAUGGUGUUUUGUUUUGUUAAGUCUGUGUCUCAGAAACUGUUAUUGCAGAACUAAUAAAACUGCUUUCUGUCAACACUCAUUUUCUAAUGUUAUGUGGAGUAACAGACACUGCAUGUCAGGACCCAGAAUCAAUUUUGUGUAUAACAUAAAACAUGUUUUUAAAUCACUCAAUUUUUCCAAUAUUGUCAUAUUAUAUACUGUACAUAUAUAUGCAUGGAAAUGACAUUUUUCUCCUCAAGUCUACUGCAGGAUGGGAUAAUAAUUGAAGCAGUCAUGUUCUCAACUAGUAUCCCUUCAUUCACGUAUAUUAUAUUUGUCAUUGAACUUAAGUCCACAUUGUGAGUGACCGCUGUGGCAAACAAUGUAAAGUAGUAGUAUGCAUGAUCGCAUUUCAUCCGUAACUCUUGAACUCAGCAGGAACGUCCGUGUCCAGUUUACAGAUCACCUUGUAGAUUGUUUUUUUCCAGGAUGGCUCUCGAUCCUUGCCCGUAAAAAUGGCAAUGUAGAAUUGUCUCAGUGUAAUCUCUGCCACUUCGAGGAACCGGUCCGGGACCUGUUUGUGCACACAUGAUUAGACCUUUUUGCACCAAAUACACUCUAAAAUCUUAGAUAAAGCAAUAUCCAUAAUUAUACCCACAACAAAUAUAUAAAGACACCACUCUGCAUAGGUGUGACCCAGGAUGGCAACAAUGAAUGGCCUCUCCAAAUUGUAUACUUUUAGUUGUAUUGGUGGGGGGUCCGAAAAGCACUAUCUGAUGUUGCAACUACCAUUUGCCUCAACUCUCAGUCCAGAACAUCCCGAACCUGCUCAGUUGGUGACAUGUCCGGUGAGUGCACCUGUAUAUCUUACAGACGAUAACACAGGUGCAUUUUGAAUUCACAGAUACCAUGUUGAGAUCCAUUGUUCCACAACACCUCACCUCAUGUUGUAGCAUGAUAAUGCACGGCCCUGAUGGUGCAAGGAUCUGCACACAGUUCCUCAAAGCUGAACAUGCCAGUUCUUUCAUGGGCCAGCAUAAUUAUCAUUGGUCAUGUUUGCAAUGCUCUGGAUCGGCAUAUGUGGUAUUUGAGGCAAAUGGUGUCCACCUUAGAUACAGUACUGACUGGCUUCCGGACCUCUCCCCCUCACGCUCACAUUUUGUAGUGGCCUUUUAUUGUGGCCAACCUAAGGCACACUUUUUUUUUCAACAGUCAUGCCGUCUAAUCAACAGCUUAAUAUGCCAGACCUGUUAGGUGGAACACAGUAUUUGGUAAGGCACACAUUUUUCAACAAUCAUGCUGUCUCACUAAAAUCUCGAUAUGCCUCACCUGUGAGGUGGAACAGAUUUGUGAGCAACAGAAAUCGGCCUUUUGGGUACAUAGAAAUAGUUUUAACAUCUUUGAUUUCAGCUCAUGAAAAAUAACUGAGCAAAAGCAAGUGUUUAUAUUUGUAUGUACAUGUGUGUAUACACAUUUAUACGCUAUGCAUAUACACAAACACACAGAGUGCUCAUUGUACUUUGAAGUGGCUGUGGUAAAUCAAGGUAAGUGUCAUAUUGACCUGAAUAUAAGACACAGUCAAGAAUAUUUUCAGAGAGGAAAAAAAAAAAGUUAAAAUAUGCAAAACAGCUGGCAACAACAAGAGCUUUUCUUCCGGUCACUCCCACACCAGUGACUGCGAGAUUCAGCAGAGAUCUGCUGGGGGGGGUACAAGACAUAUUUUUAGAGAGACGAAGGGUUAAAACAUGCACAACAGCUGGUGCCAAACAAUUUUUCCCCAAGCAACUCAGAGCUUUUCACCAGUCGCUCACACACCAGGGACCGAGAAAAUUCGGCGGGGGAAAGUAUCUGAUUGCAAGCAAUGUGUCAUACAACUUUCCAGCAGCCAUUUUUUAUUGCAAUCUCCCAGUUAACAUAACUGUAUCAAAUAUUUGUCAAAAACCAGGUGUUGAAAAAGAGUUGUCUUAUAUUAGUGUCAAUAUGAUGAUAUGAAAUGAACUACUGAUGAAUGGAUGUACAGUAUACUCUUGAAAUGAGCGGACAACUUUUUUUUUUUGCAUGUACACUGUGCACCCAGGUUUUUAGCAAUAGUGCCACAUGGUGACGACAUCUUCAACUCCAUAUUCUGUCUUUAUGACGUCAUAUUUCACAGCCUCUGAGGCCUUCAUCCGACUUGUUUGGUGUCCUCUUUCUUGCAUGUCAAGUCUCUAAACUUGAAGCAUUCAUAUGGAGUUGAAUAUGUGACUGAAAUAAACACAUUUCACUAAAGAUGUGCUUGAAUCAACUAAUGCUGGUGUUUUCCAAGCAUAGCACAGCAUGCCUAUCCCCCAGGAAUGUAGUACAUCUGGGCCCUUGCCUAUAACCAGAUUUCUGGAGCAUAUUUUGGCGUUUUCUACUCAACUCAGUCUGUUUACACGCUCGCCUUAGAAGCAAAUUCAUUUUGCCUUUAAACCAAGGGUGUCAACUCUUUUUCCAGCGAUGGCCACAUACUGAAAAAUGAAGGGAUGCGAGGGCCAGAUGUGAUCUCCGUGGUAGUUGGUUUUUCAAUGUUCUUCUUAAAUAAUCUGUAAAUGUUCCUUUUGUAAUUUUAUUACCUUAUUGCCAUAAUAUACAUUUUCCCCAACCUAAUUUUCCUUUUUUUUAAUUUUCUAAAAAAAAAAUAUUUUUAUAUCAUUUUUAUUUUUUUCAUAUUACAAAAUCUUGAAAGAAAGUAUUUUGUCUUCAAUAUUUCACCUCGUGAGUUUAUUCUCAGUAAAUUGACCUUUUUUCUCAUUAGAAUACAACUUUUCUCUUAAUAUUUUCACUUUAUUCUUGUAAAAUUACAGCUGUUUUUUCCAUUUGCUUUUUUUUCCAACCUAUUUCAACUUUAUUCUUGUAUAUUUUGCUCUUUUAAUUAUGACUUUAUGCCAUAAUAUUGUUACUUUAUUCAGGCAUCAUAACUUUUUCCGCAAGCUAAUUUUCCAAAAAUUACAACAUUGUUGUUUUGUUUCUCAUAUUAUGAGCAAAAGAAUCUUAAAGAAACUUUAUGCUAUGAAAGUGACAUAUUUCCUCAUAUUACAAAUUUAUAGUCAUAAAAUUGUGACCUUUUUUUCGUUAGAAUACGACUUUUCUCAAUAUUUUUAUGUUAUUCUCCAACUAUUUCAACUUUCUAGUUGUAAAUCUUCUUCUCAUAAUUAUGAGUUCAUAUGCCCAUAAUAUUUUGACUUUAUUCUUGUAACAUUAUCGCUUUUCCCCACAGCCUCAUUUUCCCAAAAAUAUGUAGUUUUGUUUCUCAUAGUAUUAUGACUUUGAAGAUUAAUACAACUUUAUGCAACUAAAAUGACAUUUUUCCCUGAUCUGAUUACGAUGUUAUUUUUGUAAAAUGAAUGUUAUUUUUGUUAAUGUUAACUUUAUUCUUGGAAAAUGACUCCUGAUUUUUCCAUUUUUGCUAUGUUUAUUAUUUUUUUUAUUUAAAAAUGUGCUGUGGCCACAAAUUUGCCACCGGCAGCACUUUAAACACCCCUGCUUUAAACAACUGAUAACAGGUUUUUAAAAUAUUUUUCUUUAUUUUUCUCAAGCUGCUUCACCCCUAAAUUCUUUCCUGUGCCUCUCGGUGGAGGCCUGCCUCACACUUUUGAACUAUUAAUAAUUACUACAGAUUUGGUAUCUCUCUAACCUAAAAAUACUACUAAAAUACAGCUUUUUAGGUUUGAUGUGUCAGAAUUUUUUGCAAAAAUGUUGAGCUUUGCUAUGUUUUUGCACGACAUAGUACCAGGUCAAAAUGUGAUGUGACAAAAAUUUGCACUUGGAAAUUUGUAUUUGGGUGUUUUUGCCAUACAUGUGAGCUUCACCUAUUUUUUGAUAUUGCAGUAACUUACUUUGGCUCAUAAAGAUGACUAAGUUUCAGCAAAUAGAAUAAAUCAUGAUAGGAGCUGUUUUGUUGAAACAUGCAUGCAUUCAUUAGCUGCAUAGAUUUACAUGACUAAAUAAAGACGCAUUUUUAAUCAGUAUAUGUCGCUUCUGUGACAGGACUACAUGAUUCAGGCCACCAUUGUAAUGCUGCAUUAUUUGGGGAUUUCAUUACAUUUGGAAGACAAACCUCACCUGGAAGUCAUUUCCUUUGUUGUAGUGCAUAUUGAGGGCCCUGAAAAGUUCCGACUC